GAAUGCGGCGCUGUUCUCAGCACGCUAACCUUGCAAACCAUGUUUUCAUUGGGUAACGAAGCCGGCAAUGGAACUGGUUCGUCGGCGAUUUUAUGUUUACCAAUGUCCGCGGCAUAACGCGGUGGAUUUAUAUUUUCAUCUGAACAUUGGACUUAUCAUUCUGGUUGCAAAAAUCAUCUGUUUCAUGUCAUUCUUCUAAUCAUGCUGUAUGUUGUAAAUAAGUAUUGUUGAUUUCGCGUUUUCUCUUAACGUCACCGGAUUUUGUUUGGAUGUGUUAUAGUAUUUUAUCAAUCUAGCAUUUCCUCCUCAAGAAGUCAGCAAUGUCUGUCUGGAAAUUCAAUAUUCUUAUUAGUUUAGCAUACAGUUCAUUAUUACAUAUUAGCUUUUAUGAAAUUUGUAAUGCUGAACAACCAAUAAUAGACAGUUUUGAAAUAUUAGAAUCUCUUUCUCAAAUUGCUCUUCUUAGGCAUCAUCCAAAAUCUGCAUAUUCAAAUUCUAGUAAUGUGACAGAAAGUUUCACUUCAUUAUUGGAAGAUCUGAGAAAUCAGAAUUUCACUGAAGAACAUGAAAAUGUCAAUUGCUCAUCAUUGUCUAAUUUUCCACUUUUGCCUCAGAAUUUAUGUAAUGAUGGAUCUCUUUUUAAGUGCAUGUCUGCAAAUGACAUGCUAGAACUUGUACCACACUCAACUAAAAGUGUUAGCGAAGCUCUUGCUAGGUUAUGUCCUUUGCUUUUACUUCAGCUGCACAAUAGUGCUUGUUCCACGUCUGAUUCUGACCCAAGUACUCUCUUGAGGCCAUCAAGUGCUGCUGUUUGGGGAUAUGGCCUGUUGUUUGUCACUAUAAUAAGUUGCUGUUCUCUUGUUGGUGUGAUAAUUUUGCCUCUGCUCAGCAAGAAUAUUUAUCAAGUAGUUUUGAUGUUAUUUGAGGGACUAGCAGUAGGCAGCUUAGUUGGAAGUUCUCUUUUUCAUCUUAUUCCACAGACAUUCAGACUUCUUGGGCAAGACAAAGAGCACAAUUAUUUGUGGCGAUCUCUUCUCAUUUUUGGAGGAAUUUAUCUCUUUUAUGUUAGUGAAAGAUUCAUGAAAAUCGUAAUGGAUAUAAAGAAGCAAAGGAAAUUGAAGAAAUCUGGCUAUGAAAUAAAAGAAAAUUCUACUGAAUUUUUGAAACCUUUAGCGGAUUCUAAUCUGUUAGUGAAGGAGAAAGCUUCUAAUAUUGAUGAGUGUGAAAAAGACAAAUUAACAAAUGGUUCCUCUCUCCUUCCGGAAAGCAUUAACAGUCAGAAUAAUUACAAAAUUAUAAAUGAGGAGAAGGGAAAAUUAAAGCCUGUUAAAUCUUAUCCUGUUAAUGGUGAGAUUGCACAGAAUCACCACACACAUCAUCAUGAACAUACUGUUCACUUUGAAAAAGGUAAAUCUACAAUUGGAACUGUAGCAUGGAUGAUUAUUUUUGGAGAUGGAUUGCACAAUUUCAUUGAUGGUUUAUCAAUUGGAGCUGCAUUUUCAGAGAGUAUUUUAGCUGGAGUUAGCAUUUCUGUUGCUGUUAUUUGUGAAGAAUUUCCUCAUGAACUAGGAGAUUUUGCCGUGCUUCUUAGUGCUGGAAUGACAAUGAGGCAAGCAUUGCUUUACAAUUUUCUGUCUGCAAUUACAUGCUACUUAGGACUUGUCAUUGGAAUAUUAUUAGGAGACUUAGCAGAAGGUGCACCAUAUAUAUUUGCCUUGGCUGCUGGAAUGUUCCUGUAUAUAGCACUUGUUGAUAUGAUGGGAGAACUGAGUGAAGCCCUAGAAGAAGCUCGAGGGAAAGGACUUAAACAAGAGUUAAAAGUAUUUUUCAUUCAAAAUAUUGGUAUAGCUCUUGGAGUGGCAAUACUUUUUGUAAUGGCUCGGUAUGCUGAGCAUUUCAAUUUUGAAAAUUUAAGUGCAUUUAUGUCUAGUUCAGAGGAAGCAUUAGAUGAUCGUGUGAAGCAAUUAUAUACAGGACUGCAAGAAGCCAAGAGUUUACAUAGUCCACUAACUCCAUAGUCAAUUCUUUUAAUUUUUUUUUGUUGUAUAUAUUUCAAAUCAUUAGCUAUCACAGAAGUAGUAUGUGAUUAAUGGCUAUUAGUGAGAAUUCUUUUAUGAAAUUCAGCAUGACUUUUUUUUAAAAUUCAGAUUCUAUUCUGGAGAAAGAUUUUCAUUAGCAUUGCUGCAGUGAUUUGCAAAUAGGAAAUAUGUACAUAAAUUACUUACUGAAAGAGCAAAGUACUAAGUGAAUUAUGUGCUGUAUACUGAUUGAAUACAAAAUUGCAAAAUGACAGCUUUGGUUUUACACAGGAAAUAAUUAUCUAUAAUAUUUUUUAAAUUGAUGAUUGCACUUUAAUGUUUUAUUUUUCAACUGAGGCAUGAUUUUUUUGAACAAACAUCAGUUGGUGAAGAAUAUCUUUUCUAAUGAAUGUAUUUAUUCUGUCUAUUGUGUGUGUGUAUAUAUAUAUAUAGAGAGAGAGAGAGAGAGAAGCAGGAUGCCCACUAAAGUUCGGUACCACCCAUUUAACUGCUGAACGGCUGCAGUUAUAGUCAUAAAAGUAUAGUGUGUUACUAGAUAAGGUAGCUUACAAAGCCACCUGGUGGAAAACAGCGGAGUUAGUGUCCUUAUGUCGAAAACGAUACAAGACAGAAAGAAAAAGUGAAUUACUAAAGUUGUAGAGCUUCGUCGAUUUAGUACAAAAAGACACCUUGUGGACAUGAAUGUUAAGAACAGAGCAUUUUAAAUGUGCAUUUGUUUGUUCCGGAUAUCCUACACUGUGACAUGGUGAAAGGAUCUUAGAAAGAAAAAAACAACUAGUUAUCACAAGCUACCUUAAUUUUCGAUUUUCAAACUUCUCCGUGUCAGUUGAAAUGUACAUCUGGACCCUUAUUAGAACUUCAUGUAGUAUGUAUUGUAGCAUAGCGGUUGGCACAUUUGCAAAAGCAUCUGUAAUAUGUCAUUGAAGGUCUUGCAAUGUUUGUCGAGGGGACGCAUGCACCUACUGAUGAACUAUCCUGACAGGAAAAUGCCCAUUGGAGUCUGGUCAGGUGAAUGUGGAGGCCACUCUUCGAAACCACCAUACCCAAUUAUUCGUUCUCCAAAUUCCUCCAUCAGGUACUGCUUUACUUGUGACGUCUUAUGCACAGGCAUGCCUUCAUGUUGGAACCAUAACCAUCCAUUCCGGAGUUGAAGCAAUGGCAGAUUCUCAACAAAAUCGAGCAUUAUGUCUUGCAGAAGUCCUGAAUAUCAUGAGGCCAUUAAUAUACCCUGAUAAAAUACUGGGCCCAUUAGCCUGUUAUUAUAAAUUCCACACCAAACACUAAUCGAAAACCGUAUUUGAUGUUGAACUUUGGCAGAACAUUAUGGAUUUUCCAGUAACCAGUAAUGGGUGUUCUGCCUAUUGAACAUUUAAUUUUGCUAAAAGCAUGCCUCAUCAGUCCACACAUUUAGAAUUUUCCAAAUGCAACAUUUGAGAGGCCACAGUUUUCACUUAUCUCUCUUGUGUUGGUGUUUGGAUAUGUGACAGCAUAUUGAUAAUACAUCUUCCAAUUGUACUUUUUGCCCUGCCUUAGCUGCUGUGCCGGAUCGAAGUCAGCUAGUCAUGCAGCCUGUCUUCCUGAAAUGUUUCACAACCUGUAGGAUGGUUUUGUAUGAAGGUUGCGGGCCUGCAGGAGAACAUUUCUGAUACAACCGUGCUGCCGAUCGUGCCUUGUGCCCACAUUCACCGUAAAGUAGAAGCAUCUCACAAUAAUCAUUAUUUGAAAAUCUCUCCAUGACCAUGAGCUUCAACAUGUAACUCCGAGGAGAUAUCACUUUUAUAGCUGUUUCAGGCGAACAGGUGUGAUGGUUUGUACACUUUUUGCACUUUCAAGUUGCGUUUAGUUGAUCCGUUUUGUGACACAAUUGUGCACAAUCUGCAUAUUGUCUACUCUGUUUUUAAAAACAAUCAGUAUAAAGAUACACCCCACGAGGUUUGUGUUCAAGUUUCAUGAUGUCACAGUUUCAGAAAUGGUGAAGAAACAAAUGUGCGCUUCCAGCAUUCUGUUUUUAGCAUUCAUAUCCACAAAGUGUCUUUUUGUACUAAAUCGACGACGCUCUACACAACUGUGUAAUUCACUUUUUCUUCCUCUCUCGUAUCGUUUUCGAGAUAAGCAUGCUAACUCCACCAGGUGGCACUGUAAGCUAUCUCAUCAACUAACACAUAGCCACUUUACUGUACCUAGACACUACUUUUAUGACUAUAGCUGCAGCCGUUUGGCAGUUAAAUGGGUUGUAGUGGACUUUAGUGGGUACCCUGUAUAUAUAUAUCUAUCUUAUUCAAUACCACUAAUACUACCACAUAUGGUUAAUGAACACUUGUAAUAUGACUGUUGGGAUAGAGGGCAUUUUAAAUUUAAUUUUUAAUUAUUUAAGCCUAUAAUAAAGGCAAAUAUUUUUCGUUACAAACAUUUGAUGUUUUCAAAUUAUGUUCUUUUGGCCCCAAAUGCAUUCUACUUCGCUUCUAUGUAAAGUCAACUUUCACCCUUUCAAUGAUUUGAGACUCUGAAAUCUUUAAAGAUGGUUUAAGAUGUUUUGAAGUUUUUAUUAAUUAUUUUUUUUAAUGACAUGUAAGCCAAAGUCUCAAUGAUGCAUUAUUUUAUAACAUAAUAGUUAGCUUCCCUGCUGUUGGCAUUAUUAUUUUGAUUCAGCUUGUUAAAAUAUUUAUUAUAUAUAUAUAUAAAAUAUCAGUUCCCUCUACUGUUUGGCAGUGUUAUUUUGAACAGGAUGUCAAUAUAUGAUUUUAUGUUCCGUAUCUUUAAUUUCUGGAGACUAAUUUUUAAAUCAUAACUGUGCUUAGCUUAAAGCUAUUUAAAGUGUUGAACUGUAAUAUAAAUAUAAAAAUCAGAUUACCCUUUUUUUAUAAUUUUUAAAUAUUUUCUGAAAAUUUUAAAGCAGAUUCUUUUUUGAGAUCAUAAUCUUAAAUUUUAAUACUUCCAUUUUUCUCAGUUUGUUUACAUGGAAAUAUUAAAAAAAAAAAAAAAAAAAAAAAAAAAAAAAAGAGAGAAAGAAAGAAAAUUAAAAUUUCAAAAUUAAAUAUGCUUAUUGUGUUCUCAGUGCAGGGAAUAAAUUUGGACCAAUAUUGUCUUCCAUGUACAAGCAGCAAACAAUCAUAUAUUUAAGAAAUACACCUUAAUGAUGCAUACAAUAUCAAAACUUAUUUAACAAUAUUUUGAUUACAGUAUUCUUGUACUUAUUCAGAACUGCCUAUAGUAACAUACACAGUACAAUAAGUAUACUGUACAGUUCAUUCCAGAUGAAUACAUAAUAGUUGCUUGAGAUAUGAUGCAAAUCUAAUCUUCUAACCUCUAAUCUUUCAGUUCCAAAAUCUUAGCUCUUGAAAUUUAUCUAGUCCGGGGGGGGGGUGUUAUAUUAGCCCCUUUUUUAAAACUUCUACCAUGUAAAGAGAUUUUUUUUAUGUAUAGCAUGUUAUUAUUUUAUGCCUAAAUUAUUAAAUAAUUUAUUGCGUUAUUUAAUCAAAUUUAAAUAAAUUUGUGUAAAAUCUGAGUGUCAGUUAUAUUUGUGUUUUAGUGUUAAAUCUUAAUAUUAAAAUUAAUGCAAUUUUUAUGUGAAUAUCAAUAUUUUAUCCACUGUGAAAUAUACAAAAUGACUAUUAGUCAUAUAGUAACUUAUGCUUAUUUCGCAAAUGCAAUGCAUUUAUAGAUAAAUGCUGUAAAAUUUAAUAUUUAUUAUAAUAUUUAUACUAAUUUAUUGUGUAAUUAGAAUUUUAAUAUUUGCCAUCUUUUGUAUCAGAUACUGCAAAGAGCAUAUUGACUGAUAUCAUAUUUCUAGCAUCAUUCACCUAAUAUAUUUCAUUAUAUAUUAUCAUAGUUCUCAACUCUUCUGGUUUUUUAUUGCAUCAAAUGGUAGACCACAAAAUCUUCUGGUUUUCAUUUUUAGCUUUUAGCAAGGAAACUGUUUUUCAGCAAUAAAUGAAAUUUAUGAAUUAAUGAUUUUGAAUUUUUUAAUUUGGGGUGAGGGAGAGUUUUGGCAUAGUCUGAAAUUCGGUUCCAUGCCAGAGAAGCAUACUUGCUGUUAAGUUAUACAUAAACUUAAAAGGGUGCUUUCCUUGAGCUUAACACAGCCAAUGACCAGGAUAUUAUAUCAACAUAUGACAUGGGAGGUAAAAACAUGACAUGAAGAUGGAAGAUGAAUAGCAGGUGAUUAAUUCGAUUGGUAUGUCGGCAGGUAGUAAAAAUUAGAAGUAAAAAUUCUAUACGCUACUUCAUAAAAAUGCUGCCCAGGAGAUUCUGCUAAAUUCUUGUGCCUGGUCUAGUCUUCGAUAUCUAUUUUCUAUGUCAGGAUUCCAUGCAUCUGAUCACCACCCAUGAUGGAGAGAAUCGCGGUUACUAGCAUUUUGAUGACCAGGACAACACACAACCCGGAUGAGCACAAUGGGAGGACAUAUAGUCUUCACACACGCAUUUCUUGGCUUCUACUAUGGGACUACAUACCACUAAACUUCUCAUCUCUCCAGAACUGCAUAGCCACAGGUUACGUAGGACGGGGAUGCUUGGUGUCUAACAUAGGUAAACAGGCGUAUGUCUCGCACCCUUCCCUAUCUAGUGGCAACAACUCCCUGGAGCCCCAAGAGGCUGUGUUGGGAGUUUAUUGAGACAUGAAAAAAGUUGUACAUGGCUAAACAAGGGUGCUCGUGUUUUGUUUUACAGAUUUGGAGAGACUUUGACUGAAUAGAAAUGGCAAGGAAACAAAAAUGUUACAAAAUUUAAAAUAAUAAUAAUAA